CGUAGCGGCUGAUAGUCCGAUUCAAGUCACAUCAACAAAUAAUUGCCCUAAUAAGCUUUGCAAAUCGGUGAUUAGUCAACACGUCAACGGGCCGCCUGUUCCCUCCGGGCUUCCUCGCCACCACCAUCUAACGUAACCGGAUCCUAAGAACGCCGCCCAGGUUCCACCCUUUAUCAACGGAUAAAAAAGGGAAAAAACCGACCCUAACUUGAAUUCCCAUUCUGCCCUCGCCAGCCCUUAACCCCACGCCUCUCUCUCUCUCUCAUAUAUUACCUUCCUCUCUGUCUUGCUUGUUGUCUCUCUGUCAAUUAGUUCGCCGACUUCUCUUUCUUCUUCUUUCUUCAUCCAUUUGUGGCUUCAGUUCUCUUCACGGGUACCCAAAAAGAACCGCAAUCCGAAUCCCCCACUCUUUCUCCGCCUGGUCAAUCAGCGCCGGCCGCCGGGAUCGCCACCGGAGCCGAUCUCGACUUUCGUGAGUUCGUUUUAGAUUCUGGUCAGCUCUAGUUCCGAUUAUCGGGAAACCGGAAACGCAGCCCCUCCUUAUGGAACGGAUCGUCGGAGGGAAGUACAAGCUAGGUCGGAAGAUCGGCAGCGGAUCUUUUGGUGAAAUAUUUCUCGCUACUCACAUCGACACGUUUGAGAUCGUAGCUGUGAAGAUUGAGAAUAGUAAAACGAAGCAUCCGCAGUUGCUCUACGAGGCCAAGCUGUAUAAUAUUCUUCAAGGAGGAAGCGGCAUUCCCAGCAUAAAGUGGUCUGGCUUGGAUGGGGAGGACAAUGUGCUAGUGCUUGAUUUGCUCGGGCCAAGCCUUGAGGACCUCUUUGUCUACUGCGGGAGGAAGUUCUCGCUAAAGACUGUGUUAAUGUUGGCUGAGCAAAUGAUUACAAGGAUUGAAUAUGUACAUUCGAAAGGUUUUCUGCACAGAGACAUUAAACCUGAUAACUUCCUCAUGGGUCUUGGUCGUAAAGCAAACCAGGUCUAUAUAAUUGAUUUUGGGCUUGCAAAAAGAUAUAGAGACGCGGUAUCAAAUCGCCAUAUUCCUUACAGAGAGAACAAGAACUUGACAGGAACUGCUCGCUAUGCAAGUUGCAAUACUCAUCUUGGCAUUGAGCAAAGCCGGCGUGAUGAUUUGGAGUCACUUGGCUAUGUGUUGCUAUAUUUUUUGAGAGGAAGCCUUCCAUGGCAGGGUUUGAAAGCUGCUACGAAGAAGCAGAAGUACGACAAGAUAUGUGAAAAGAAACUAUCUACUCCGAUAGAGGUUCUAUGCAAAUCUCACCCGGUGGAGUUUGCUUCAUACAUGCAUUACUGCCAUUCGCUGACAUUUGAUCAACGGCCUGAUUAUGGAUUCUUGAAGCGCCUGUUUCGUGAUCUAUUCGUACGUGAAGGAUAUGAGUUUGAUUAUGUAUUCGAUUGGACCAUUAUAAAGUACCAGCAGGCACAGAAGAACCGAUCUCAGCCUCGAUUACCGCAAGUAACUGGAACAAGUGGCAGCCAUGCAGUUCAAAGAGAAAAUGCAAAUCAACAAGGAAGUAGUAAUGCCGCGUAUGCUUCCGAGGUUGUACAAUCUAUGGGUCCUGGCAUUCAUAUGCAAUUGAAAUCCUCAACUGGCAAGAAUGUGGUUUCUGAUAAUCAUGAUGACAGGAAUGUUGUGAGUGAUGCACAUAUGCCUUCUAGUUCAUUUUCAUAUGCUGCGACAUCAAGAAGAAAUGCUGCAAAACCAGGCGCCUUGCCAACUGAAGCAACAAGUGGCCAUGGACAUUCUAGCAAGGUCGCUCCGUCUGGCAGCUGGAUCUCAUCAUUGCAGCGCAUUCAUUCUGCCAAAUGAUCUGGAUGGUAGCUUCUGUUGACCCUAUGGCAUACUCUCUAGUAGUUGAUUUUUUGUUUUGUUGAUAAAUCACCUACUAGUUAGAAUAGUGUUGUUUAUUUGCCAAUUGAUUCUUAGAAGAUAGUCAUUAAUGAGAUGUUUAUAUUUGUUCUGUGGUUAGCCGAGGAUGUUGUGAAAGGAGGUUAUAAUGAUACAUCAGUUGGAGGCUGAAAAGAAGUUGGCGAUCUGGUAUCAUGCUUUCAGCUAUGUAUGUACUCGAGAUGCAGAUGCUUGCAAUCCAAUUUGCUUUGUUCUUGUUGAAAGUGGAUCUCAGUAUUUGUUCUUUAAGGUUUGUUAUAAAUCACCAACUACCCCAGGCUUGGUUGUGCUGUACAUAGUUGCUUUAAAUUACUCAUACAAACAUUGUAUUUCUGAUUUCAUGUAAGUGGAAUGAAAUGUGAGGCUUUUAGCACAAGACAGUUGCCUUUUAAAUAGUUGUUCUUGACAGCAUUCCUGAUCUCUCAGUUCAAUAGUUCCGAGUUCAUUGGUUCUUCAUGGAUGCUCAUCCUUGAUACACAUUGUUUUGUUUAUAUCUGAGUUUAUGUGUGCCAUAGUUAGUUUGAAAAGGUGCACCAUUGUUCAUAAACAAGGUGGGAGAUGAUGGACCUUUUUGUAGCAUAUUUUCCCUCAGUUGUAGGCCAGUUUGACCUUUGAUCAGGUAAUAUACAGUCUUUUUCUUAUAAUUGCACAUUUGCAAACUUGCACGAUGGUUUCAUAAGUGAUGGGUGAACAUAUCUUCAUUGUUGGGCAUGUCUUUAGUGUUUGAAGUGUCUUGAUAAAAGAGUUAUAUAUGGGUUUCUGGGACACUAUUUAGUUUAUUUUUCAGCAUUGCUCAUGCUGACCAUUUAUCCAGUGGCAUAUCCAAACUAAUUUGUUAUUGUUUUUCUGGGCAACUAAAGUCAGAUUUUUGGCAAUUCUUCUAUGUUGUUUUAUUCUUCUGGUGGCAUUUAUAAUGAACUUUUUUUAACCCG